UCAAAUGCAAUAAUGGUUUGAGUAAAAAUAAUGCUUGGUGUGUGAGUGUAAGAAAAAAUGUUUUAAUCAAAAUGUUGUCGCCACCUGGAACUUGGGAGAAAAUAUUUACGCCUGGUAGAUGUUUUGCUGCAAUGAACAUGUGACCUGUUGCAGCUUUAUAACACAACUUGCAGGUUACUUGAAUUUCACAGAUGAACGAAUGCCACAUGCGUCUGGUUAUCAGACGAUCGUCCAAGCUUUAAAAAUGUCUCCUAAAACAUGGCGGCAAAUUUUUAUUAAAAACUCCAACCAGCGAUGUGGUUUGAAGACCAGAAUGUUGGCCGUCUUUUUAGGAAAGGUCUUACUGCUUCUGUGCAUUUUAAAGUUUGUGUUCGUGGACCAAUUUCAUUCCCCAGUUGUGCAUUUCUUGGUUGGAGCACCGAUUAUGUCGAUUGUAGGAUGGCAGACCAUGUCUUCGGCAGAGGCAAGGGAGGCCACCACGGCAAGCCUGAUGUACUACGGGCCGUUACCGUUCGAUGAAGCCGGUAUCGCCGACCUACUGCGAGCACACAAUACAGGAAGAUCAGAGGUGGACCCGCCCUCGACAAAUAUGAACAAAGUGGUGUGGAGUCCAGAUUUAGCAUCAGCUGCAGCUGACUCCGUGGAUAGCUGCGUUUACAAGAUCUCAUUACCUAAAUAUAUCAGUGAUGAUCGUUGGGUCAUUCAGAUGACUAGUAUUACUGAGAUAGAUACACUACUGAACGAUACCAUUGCUGACUGGUAUACUUAUGGAGAAUAUUAUGAUUACUUUGGGAAAACAUGCCUGAAACCUGAGAUCUGUAUUGUCUGUGAGAUCUACAAAAUGCUGGCAUUUUCCUCAAUGACGGCUAUUGGAUGUUCACAGCACCACUGUGAAGAACUCUACAACACAUUCACAAGACGCAUAGAAUAUGACAAACUGUACUGGAAGUGUAAUUAUGAGAACGUUGGUGAAUACACCGAUGAAGCUGCUAGUCCCUAUCAGAAUGGUACGGAUGAGGAUGACCAAUGUACAGAAUGUGAUAGUGGUUCUGGCUGGUGCAGUGAUGGUCUAUGUGAUUCCGAGUGUAGCCCCGACCAAGAUGGAUGUGUCUGUCAGGUUGACAGUGACUGCAAUGAUGGUGGUAUCUUCGAUGAAGUGGCAUGUAACUGUAGCUGUAACCCAUGCUAUCAUGAUAAUGGCUGUGAUCGCACGGCUCCAACAUGUGGAGGUAAUGGAGUUCUACACCCAGACAUCUGUGAAUGUGUGUGUACAACUGGAUACCAAUUGAACGAAACUUUGGGUGUCUGUAUAGAUGUGGACGAGUGUCAGGGCUCACAUGGAUGUGAUCAUGAGUGUAAGAAUACAGAUGGAUCCUACGAAUGUAUCUGCCUAGCUGGUGCUAUACUAAACCCUGAUCUUCGCUCGUGUACUUGUAUUGCAAAAAUUUCACUGUUCUUACAAGGGGUUACUACAGAAGUAACUACCACUGAACAAAGUACAACAGAAACUUCUACCACUGAACUACGUACUACAGAAGCUUCUACCACUGAACAAAGUACAACAGAGGCUUCUACCACUAAGCGAAUCACCACAGCAGCUUCUACAACCAAACUAAGUUCAACAGAAGUUUCUUCCACUGAAACAAGUACGACAGGAGCGUCUACCACUGAACAAAGUGCAACAAAAGCUUUGACUACUGUGAAAAGUACAACAGAGGCUUCUUCCACAGAGAAAAGAACUACAGAAGCUUCUACCACUAAACAAAGUUCAACAGAGGCUUCUACUACUGAACAAAGUACAACAUCAGGAUCUACCACAGAACCUAGUACAACAGAGGCUUCUACCACUGAGAAAAGUACAACAGAAGCUUCUACUACUGAACAAAGUACAACAGAAGCUUCUACCACUGAACAAGGUACUACAGAAGCUUCUACCACUGAACAAAGCACAACAGAAGUUUCCACAACUGAACGAAGUACAACAGAAGCUUCUACCACUGAACAAAGUACUACAGAAGCCUCUACCACUGAACAAAGUACAACAGAAGCUCCUACCACUAAACAAAGCACGACAGAAGUUUCCACAACUGAACAAAGUACAACAGUUUUAAGUACAAUUGAAGAUAGCACAACUGAAUCUUUGACAACGCUUUAUGCAACUACCCUUUUGACUUUGCCAGAGACGACUAAAGCUUCUACUCAACCAAGUACAACAGAAACUUCUACCACUGAACUAAGUUCAACUGAGGCUUCUACCACUGAACAAAUUACAACAGAAGCUUCUACCACUGAGAAAAGUUCAACAGAAGCUUCUACCACUGAGAAAAGUUCAACCGAGGCUUCUACUACUAAACAAAGUACUACAGAAGCUUCUACCACUCAGAAAAGUUCUACAGAAGUCUCUACCACUGAACAAAGUACAACAGCAGCUUCUACCACUGAACAAAGUACAACAGCAGCUUCUACCACUGAACAAAGUUCAACGGAGGCUUCUUCCACUGAGAAAAGUACAACAGAAGCUUCUACCACUGAACAAAGUACUACAGAAGCUUUUACCACUGGAAAAAGUUCAACCAAGGCUUCUACUACUGAACAAAGCACGACAGAAGCUUCUACCACAGAACAAAUUACAAUAGAAGCUUCUACCACUGAGAAAAGUUCAACAGAAGCUUCUACCACUGAACAAAGUACAACAGUUUUGAGUACAAUUGAAGAUAGUACAACUGAAUCUUUCACAACGCUACAUGUAACUACCCUUUUAACUUUACCGGAGACGACUAAAGCUACAACUCAACCAAGUACAACGGAAGCUAUGACUACUGAACAAAGUACAACAGAGGCUUCUAACACUGUACAAAGUACAAUAGAAGCUUCUACCACUGAACAAAGUUCAACAGCAGCUUCUACCACUGAACAAAGUACAGCAGCAGCUUCUACCAGACAACUGAAGCUACCACUGAACCAAGUACAACAGAGGCCUCUACCACUGAACCAAGUACAACAGCCGCUUCUACCACUGAACAAAAGUACAAUAGAAGCUUCUACCACUGAACAAAGUACAACAGAAGCUUCUACCACUGAACAAAGUACAACAGAAAUGAAAACAGUGGAGGAGAGCACCACAGUAGGGCUGGCGACAGAAUCCACCACUCCAGAGGUGACCACAUUUCAAGGUAGCACAACAGAGAAACUUCUGCCCAGAACUGAGUCAACUACCUUUGAAUCUACAACAUUAGAAGAAAUGACUUCUGAAGACAUUACCCAACCUUCUACUACAGUGUGUGAUAUAACAUGUGGGGGAGGCGGUGUUCCGGAUGUGACUACUUGUGAAUGCGAAUGUGAGGAGGGAUAUCUCUACAACUACACCAGUAAUGCUUGUGAAGAUAUUGAUGAGUGUUUCAACAAGACGGAUCUGUGUGAUCAUAACUGUACCAACACAGAAGGAGGAUACAACUGUUCCUGUUUGAACGGCUUCCUGCUGCUGGAGGAUGAAAGGACAUGUCUAUUUCAAGAAUGUAAUGGUAAUGGCGUAUUGGACCCUACUGGAUGUAGGUGCUACUGUGCCAGUGGAUAUGAAGGAGAAGAAUGUCAAAUACCAUGUGCACCAAGUAACAGAGAGUGUUGGGUUCCAUACAAGAAGCCACCAGUUUGGUACGAUGACGAUGCUUGUCCUAUUUACUGCUUCGAAUGUUUGUGUAAUGAGUCUGACGGUGACUGUGCAAAUAAUGGCACCUAUGCCAAGGUACAAGGCUUUGAAUGGGAACAGGAUAUGUGUCGUUGCUACUGCUCCUUCCCAUGGAGUGGACUCAACUGUGAAGAUUGUAAUCUUUCAUGUACAAAUGGAGGAACACUGGACCCAAAUACCUGUAGAUGUAACUGCCCAGGUGGUUUGAUGCAACCAGAAUGCUCAGAUUCUUGUUCUGAAAGUUCACAUUGGUGUACACAGGAAGUGGUUGGUUUGUGCCAUCGAGUUCCUGUAAUUCUUAAGAACUGUCCUGUUCUUUGUGGCCUGUGUGCCCCUACUUAGACUUGAGGUGCUAUUCAACUGAUAAAAUAUUGAAGACAUUAUUUAAGGUGAAUACCAUCAUCUUUCUUGAAGCCGUCACAUCCAACUUAAAGAUACAUCAAGUGAGAAGACUGGUCUUUGACAAUUAUCAAAGGUGUCCAGUGCCUUUAACCGGAAUUUACACUUUUUGUAAGUACUCUAAUUGCAGCUACAGCAAAAGCAUUUUGAGAAACAUUUCACUGCGAAGUAAUAUGGUCAUGUGAAGAUAUUUCAGUUUAGUUGUCCCCAAAUUUUAGUUUUGAGCGUAACACUUCUCAGACUGUGUAUUCCUACUAGUAGGGAAAAUCCUCUUCCUGCGUGGACAGAUUCUUUCCGAAUUAUUGGCGAUAUCUCAAAAACCUCACCACUUUUGAAAUGAUAUUUUCACAUGUUAGUUUUAUUGUUUACAUCCACGUUUGAUGGUAUUAUACUGGAUUGGUAAGGAUACUAAAUAUUAUUAUUUGAUUUUGUCUGAAAGCUAACUGAUUAGGGGGGGGGGGUCUGUGAAAUAUAUUUUCCUCUGAAACGAAGUCAUGUUAUUCAAGAAAACUGUAUCUAAAAGCCUCUGCAAAAAUGCAAGAGCUGUUUUAAGUUGUUACAGCCAAAAUUAAAGAAAAGUAGGUUAACAUGCUGGUUUUUCAUAAUUUUCUUCUGACAUGCACAAUAGGGUUCUGCCCAAAUGUUCAAUGCACCGAUCCUCCGCCCACGAACACGUGUGAGCAAGAACACAUGGGGCUCUCCAAUGCCUUUCUGCACAACUCUGCCACGUGCACCGCAUGUCGGACCUCAUUUGUGGGAUGUCGGACCUAAUUUGUCGGACCUUCGUUGCGUUGUGAUUGGUCAAUACGCAAUGGGGCGGAGCUUAGGGGAUUGGUCUAUUGUUAUUUCACGUAUAGGGUUGAUCACACAAAACAUGAACACUGUCUAUAACUAUUUUGGUCAGAUCAUGGCCAUGGUCAGAUCUAUCAAUCCUGUAGAAUACCUUAAAGGCAGUGGACACUUUUGGUAAUUUCUCAAAAUACUUAUUAGCAUAAAACCUUACUUGGUAACGAGUAAUGGGGAGAGGUUGAUAGUAUAAAACAUUGUGAGAAACGGCUCCCUCUGAAGUAAGGUAGUUUUGGAUAAUGAAGUAAUAUUCCAGGAACUAACUUGAUUUUGAGACCUCGGAAUUGGGUCUCGAAAUCAAGCAUCUGAAAGCACACAACUUCGUGUG